AAACCAAAUGUGAAAUGUUUUGUUAGUUUUUGUUUUGUCUGUAAAUUAAAUUAAAGGGAAAUUAAGAUAACAUUUGUAUUGAUUAUCACAUCCUUUGGGACCAAAACGUGUGACAAACCAUAAGAAGCGAUGGCUUUUACGGUGGGAUCCGUUAUAAUGAAAUGCAAACCAUUGGUUCACACAUUGAAUAACAAACAAAAGUCAAAUCGAUGUGACUUUUGCUUCAAAACAAACGAUAAUCUGCGGAAGUGUUCAAAGUGUCAGUCAAUGUAUUAUUGCGACCAAAAGUGUCAGCGAAUGGAUUGGAGUGAAUGUCAUCGACAGGAGUGUCGUAUAUAUGCCGACCAUUACGGCCGGUGUCUGACCGGCGAUUGCGAUCGACUCCUCUUAAGACUUCAUCUCACGCUUGAGAAUAGACCCGAAAUGCGAUCACAAACUCACGAGUUAUUCAAUGGCCAGAAACGGUGUUUCGAUGAUCUGAUGACUCACAACGAGGACAUCAUUACCGACGGCCAGCGGAUGAAGAAUUUCGCCGCCAUUUGCGACCGA